AUGGCUUCUUCGGGGACUGAGGGGGCUGAAACUGGAGAAGAUGGUGUUGGCAGCAGCAGCGGCAGCAAAUUCAGUAAUACAGACAGUAGGGAUUGUAUCUUGGAGCCUCUCUCCCUGCCAGAAAGUCCAGGUGGCAUCUCCACUUUAGAAGGUUCCCCAUCUGUGCCUUGUAUCUUCUGCGAAGAACAUUUUCUUGAACAAGACAAACUUCUGAAGCACAUGAUUAUUGAGCACAAGAUUGUCAUAGCUGAUGUCAAGCUGGUGGCUGAUAUCCGAAGGUAUGUUUUAUAUUGGAAGAAAAGAUUCACUGAACAGCCUAUCACAGAUUUCUGUAGUGUGAUAAGAACCAAUUCCAAAGCUCCAUUUGAGGAACAAGACAAUUAUUUUUUAUUAUGUGACGUUUUGCCAGAAGAUAGAGUUCUUAGAGAAGAACUACAGAAACAGAGAUUGAAAGAAAUCCUAGAGCAGCAACAGCAUGAAAGAUAUGAUACCAGCUUCCGUGGAGUGUGUAUGUUUUGCAAUGAAGAAUUCACAGGAAACAGGUCUGUCCUUUUGAACCACAUGGCAAGAGAGCAUGCUUUCAACAUUGGACUGCCAGACAAUAUCGUACACUGUAGUGAAUUUCUGGAUAUAUUACAGAAGAAACUUGACAACUUGCAGUGUUUGUACUGUGAAAGAUUCUUCAGAGACAAAAAUACACUUAAGGAUCACAUGAGGAAAAAGCAACAUCGAAGGAUCAAUGCUAAGAAUAGAGAAUAUGACCGAUUUUAUGUCAUUAAUUAUUUGGAGCUUGGAAAGUCCUGGGAAGAAGUUCAGUCAGAAGAUGAUCGGGAGCUGUUAGACCAUCAGGAAGAUGCUGCCCUGAUCAGACCGCAUCUAGAGUAUCAUGUUCAUUUCUGGGGGCCAUAUUUUGGGAAGGAUAUUGAUAACCUGGAAAGAAUUCAGAAGAGGACAAUGAGGCUGACUGAAGGUGCUAAUAUGGCCAGGAUCAGCCAAGGAAUUGAAGGAUUAAAUUUUUACCAGCAAGUGAAACUGGUCAACUUUAUUCGGAGGGAAGUUCACCAAUGUCGAUGUUAUGGCUGCCAUUUAAAAUUUACAUCCAAAGCAGAAUUAGUGAAUCACAUGGAGAAGGUCAAACAUAUAUUAGUGCUUCCUGAAAGAACCACAUGGGAUCAGCCACAGUAUUACUUUCCAACCUACGAAAAUGACAGCCUCCUGUGUGCACUCUCUGACAGCGAAGGUGACCUGAGUGCUGAGGGCCUGAAGGAAGAUGACAUCCCCAUCAUCAGUGAGGAUGUGUCCCGUCUCCAGGCUCUGAAACAAAGCAGUGUUUUGAACCAGUUACUACAAGGAGCAGGCUCAAAAAGCCAGAGGAAACUAUAGCCACUGGCUUUAAAACCCAAACACAGAAGGACAGUUCAGAUUUCAGCAUAGGAUUUAAACCUAAAAAGGACCUUGGGGAUCUGCUCAUCCAACCCUCUCAUUUUAGAGAUGAGAAAGCCCCAAAAAGGGUUUCUGCUUUGCCCUGGAGAAUACCAGGAGUAACUAGCAGAACCAGUAUUUGAACUCAUGUUCCCAGAGAUGAAUCAACAAAGAAUUUUGAUCCAGAAUGCAGCAGUUUAUUAUUUGUCAUAAGGUCACUAUAUGAAGUCCGGACAACUCAAAUGUGUUUAUUGUUUUACAGUGCUUGUAAUUUCUGCAUAAAUUAUUCUGAAUAAAAGUCCCACCUAAAUCAUUCUGUAAAA